GCCUUUUUUAGUUUGUGCUUUUCUCUGUUGUAUAACAGCAACAUCCCAACUAACCGUUCCAUAUACCAUUUAAGCUCUCACACACUCUUCUUCUUCUUCUUCAACACUCACUCAUUUCUCUCUUUAAUCCUCUCCCAACGGUUACUUUCGUUUUCUUAAAUGACCCCUUAACGGCUCUAUCUCGCUCUUAUUUCGUUUCGCUUUAAAGUUUUUAUCUUUGGUUUAAAGACUCGUUUUUCUUCGUACCCUUUUCAUGGUUUUUGAGUUUGGCUUCGUGUAGAGGGAGAAAAACUGAGUUUUAGCGUUUUAGAGAGAGGCCCAGAUGGAUUUGAGCUCGUUUCUGACUUCUUUAGGGACGUCGUUGGUGAUAUUUCUUAUUUUGGUGUUGGUUUACUCAUGGCUUUCCAGUAAGCCUGGAAACGCCGUCGUUUACUACCCGAAUCGAAUCUUGAAAGGCUCGGAUCCGAAUGAAAACAGAUCCACCUCUUGCAGCCCAUUUGGGUGGAUCCGAGAAGCUCUUUCUUCUACAGAAGAGGAUGUUAUCUCCAUGUCAGGGGUUGACACUGCUGUCUACUUCGUCUUCCUCAGCACUGUUUUGAUGAUAUUGGUAUUAUGUGGCCUAGUUCUUCUACCAUCACUUCUACCAGUUGCUGCCACCGAUGAUCUCUUGCAACAAAUAGGAGCUGAUAAUUUCACUGAUCUGGACAAAUUAAGCAUGGCAAAUGUCCAUGAGAAGAGUCCAAGGUUGUGGGCCUUUCUGUUUGCAGUCUACUGUGUUUCUUUCGUUACUUAUUACCUUUUGUGGAGGGCAUAUAAUCAUGUUUCUGAUUUGAGAACUGAAGCAUUGAUGUCACCUGAAUUGAAGCCUGAACAAUAUGUAAUUCUCGUUAGAGACAUACCUUCUGUUGAAGGACAGACUAGAAAAGAACAGGUCGAUACAUACUUUAAGACGAUCUAUCCCGACACAUUUUACAGGUCAAUGAUUGUUACAGACAAUAAAGAGGUGAAUAAACUUUGGACAGAGUUAGAAGCGUCUAAGAAGAAGCUUGUACGCGCUGAAGCAGUACAUGCGGAGUCAAAAAGGACCGGCAAGUCUGAGGCAAGACCCACUCACAAAACUGGCUGUCUUGGUAUACUUGGAAAAAAAGUAGACAGCAUUGAGUUCUACACCGAGAAAAUUAGUGAACUAGUACCAAAACUGGAAGCUGAACAAAAAACUACACUCAGGGACAAGCAGUUACGUGCUGCAUUGGUUUUUUUCACAAGCAGAAUAGCUGCAACUUCUGCAGCUCAGAGUCUCCAUGCUCAACUGGUUGACAAAUGGACAGUAAUGGAGGCUCCCGAGCCUCGUCAAAUUUUAUGGACUAAUCUUAAGAAAACAUUCUAUGAGAGGCAAGUGCGGCAAUACAUUGUGUACAUCAUCGUGGCUCUCACCAUAUUUUUUUACUUGAUUCCAAUUGGGUUUAUCUCUGCAUUCACGACCUUAAAGAACUUGAUGAAACUUCUCCCAUUUUUGAAGCCAAUAUUGAAACAUAAUGCAGUAAGGACUGUGCUGGAAGCGUACCUCCCACAGAUUGCGCUCAUUGUCUUUUUGGCUUUGUUGCCUAAGUUACUUCUGUUUCUAUCCAAGGCUGAGGGAAUUCCUUCUUUGGGCCAUGCAAUAAGAGCUGCUUCAGGGAAAUAUUUUUACUUCUCUGUGCUGAACGUGUUUAUUGGAGUUACACUCGCUGGAACUUUGUACAGAACAUUCAAGAAGGUUCAGAAGGAUCCAAACUCCAUUGUUGACGUCCUAGCUAGUAGCAUCCCGGGAAAUGCAGCCUUUUUUCUCACCUUUGUGGCUCUUAAGUUUUUCGUCGGCUACGGGCUUGAACUCACCCGAAUAGUUCCUCUUAUUAUCUUCCAUAUCAAGAGAAAAUAUGUGUGCAAGACAGAAGCUGAAGUAAAAGAAGCUUGGUUUCCAGGAGAUCUUAAAUAUGGGACUAGAGUUCCUGGUGACUUGCUCGUCGCCACUAUUGUCCUUUGCUAUUCUGUCAUUGCUCCACUAAUUAUUCCAUUUGGGGUGGCGUAUUUUGGUCUUGGAUGGCUUAUCCUUCGUAAUCAGGCCCUCAAAGUUUAUGUUCCGUCAUACGAAUGCUAUGGUAGAAUGUGGCCACACAUGGCUGUGCGCAUCAUUGCUGCCCUGAUAUUGUACCAAGUUACCAUGAUCGGUUACUUCUCUGCAAAGAUUUUCUACUACACACCAUUCCUAAUCAUACUUCCCAUCAUUUCCCUUCUCUUUGCCUUCUUUUGCCACACGAAGUUCUAUCGAUCUUUCCACGACACUGCUCUAGAAAUUGUAGCUCGUGAACCAAAGGAAAUUCCCAACUUGGAUCAAGUUUUUAGAUCCUUCAUCCCACCAUGCUUGAACGUUGAGAAGAAUGAUGAUGAUCAGUAUGAAGAUGCUUUGUCUCAAGUUUCCAGGUCAACCUCAUUUGUUUGAUGUCUAAAUUUGUGUAUCUGACAUUUUCUUUUUCUUUCUCUUCUUCCUUUGUUACAUGGUGAUUGGUGUCUUUUUAGUGAAAGCUUGCUCUCUCUCUCUCUCUCUCUCUCUCUCAAUAUAUAUUAUUAUGUAAUUAGGAACCACAACAUUUGAUUGUUUGUAAUAUAUCACGUGUCUGAUUUCAUGGUGUGAA